AUGGGACGAGUGCUACUGAAAACUAAUCGGCAAUGCACACAUCGGACUUCAACUCUGCGUAAAACAAACGAUGGCGGAGUAUCGAAACAGCUUACUGCUGCUGAGAAACGGAAAAGAAUGAUUGAAGCUGGUACAAAAUAUGCAGCACAAAAUCGGAAAAUCAAAGCAGAUUGUUCGGCAGGAACCCACUUCACAAAAUUUAGCGUGGAGACAGUUCCAGGGUCAAUUAUUAAAACUGGAUUAUGCAGGAAAUCCACGGUGCCUCUGAAGCGCACUUCUCCAAGAAAAAACAAGCAAAUACUUGAUACAUCUAGUAACCAUCAAUCGAUUUCUGAAAACAUUCUUAAUCGCUCGGAUGCAAAAAGCAAACCAAAGACUCAUUUUAUAAAAACACCUCUGAAACCAAUCAAUGAAAUAUUUGAACGUGAUGAUGCCGCAUUGACAAGCAUUUUAAACAAAUGUCCACAAAACUCAAUUUCUGGAAGAGCUUCCAUGUUCCGUAGUCGCGAAAGACCAUCAUUGUUUCCGAAUGGCGUAAAUCCUUUGGACACAGCUGCUGUGAAAUUUGCUAAACCCUUAUCAUUGACGGCGUUAGCCGCGCGCUCGUUUUCUCUGGGAAUGCCGGCGAAAAUUGAUACUGCAUCCAUUUUAGUUACACCAUCCUCAACUUUUAAGAUGUCAAAAAGAACACCAGUAAAAACCGUUAGGUUUGACGAAAGCGUUGAUUUCCGAAGUCCGAAAGUUGAUGAUGUAUCUUCUCCAGAAAGUAGUGUUCUUAAAAUUGGUAAACCGACUUCUCUGGAAACUUCAGAUGAAAUGAUUUUGGAUCUGAAAAUGAAAUUCGAUGACAUCUUAGAAAAACUGAGAAAUUUGCCAGCAAGUGUUUUUAGCAAUUUGAAAGAAGCAGUGCAUCAAAUUUCUUAUGAGAAAUCAAGAAAUGCUAACAUAAUGUGUAAUAGGUAUCCAUUCAAUCAACAGUUGAAUUCGUUCUCAGAACUUGAAACGAAAGAAGUCUUGCCCAAUCGUUGUCGGUCAUCAAUGGAUUGCAUCGCCUUACGAACAAGAAGAAAAGUUCGUGUAUCUCAGAUGCAUACCAACCAGGAGAGUGUUACAAUUCUUGCUACGAAUUCCAAAUCUGUUUGCAGCAGCAAGAAUUCAACGGAAAUGAAUUGCGUGCUCUCCGACAAGGUACAGUCAGUUGAAUCAACAAUGGGACUGCUAUGA